AUGGAUUGGCUAAGUUUAUACAAGGCUAGGAUAAACUGUGAGAUUCAGAAAGUGAGCCUAAGGAACCCUAUUGGGAAAUCAAUAUCAUAUAGGAGUUUUGAGAAGUCCAAAAACGCUGGGGUGAUCUCUGCGAUGCAAGUAAGGAAGUUGGUCAAGAAGGGGUGUGAAUUAUUUUUCUGUAGUGUCCAGGAUGUAAGUAAAGAAGUUGGGGUGAAGAUAGAGGAUGUCCCAAUUGUUAAUGAAUUCAUGGAUGUAUUUCCGAGUGAGAUUUCGGGUAUGCCACCUGCUAGAGCCCUUGAGUUUACUAUAGAGUUGAAUCCCGGAACGUCACCCAUAUCCAAGGCACCUUAUAGAAUGGCACCUCCGGAAAUGAGUGAGUUGAAAACUCAAUUGCAAGAAUUUUUCGACAAGGGGUAUAUUAGACCUAGUGCAUCACCAUGGGGAGCUCCAGUAUUGUUUGUCAAAAAGAAAGAUGGGAGUAUACGGUUAUGUAUCGAUUAUAGGGAGUUGAACAAUUACCAUGAGGGGAAAGAAAAUGUGGUUGCUGAUGCACUGAGUAGGAAAUCGAGCCAUAGUAUGAAUGUCUUGGUAGUUCCUGAGGAGUUGUGUCGAGAUAUGCAGAGACUUAGCUUGGAAAUGGUGAAUCCUAGGGAGACCAAAGCAAGAUUGAGUGCAUCAUCAUUGGGGUUGUCCAUACUCGAGGAGAUUAAAGAAAGUCAAGAUGGGGAUGAAUACUUAGAGAAGAUCAAAGAAAAGAUGGGGCAAGGGAAGGAAGAUCCUAGUACCCCUGGGAUGGAGUUGGAUCAAGAGCUGGAGCGCCUUAGGAGGCGGAACAAGGACAAGGCGCCUUUGGUUGAUGUCACUGUUGAUGAUGACUCAGACUGA